AUGGAGGAGGAAUCCCCGCACGUUGAUGCGAUUCGGCGUACGCCGACUUACUCUGCUGGACUUCCAGACACGAUUGACCCCACAGACCUCCCAUCCCGUAUUCUCAGAGAGAAUGCUACACUUGAGGAAUAUACACGAGAAACUCCCGAAGGCCGGAUCACAAAGCCAGUCAGAUCCCAUGCAACAGGCAAAAUCGAGGACUACGAGCUUGUCACUUUUAAACUCGACGAUCCAGAGAACCCAAAGAACUGGAGUAAAGCGCGGAAAUGGUACAUCACGAUGGUGGUGGCUGUUACGUGCUUCGUCGUCGCUUUUGAUAGUAGCGUAAUCACGGCUGGUAUAAACCAGGUAGCAGAGGAAUUCGCCGUGGGGGAGGUCGUGGCGCUACUUACGAUCACAGUCUUCGUUAUUGGGUUUGGUAUUGGACCGAUGGUUUUUGCGCCCAUGUCAGAAAUGAUUGGCCGGAAACCAGUAUACACGUCUACAUUGAUGGUCGCCGUUGUCUUCUUGAUUCCUUGUGCGGUAGCCCAGAACUUUGCAACCCUCGUUGUUUGCCGCGCCAUUGCCGGUGUGGCAUUCAGCGCACCCAUGACACUGGUUGGAGGUACCUUGGCAGACAUGUGGCGAAACGAAGAGCGAGGUGUUCCCAUGGCAGCUUUCAGUGCCGCGCCAUUCAUCGGCCCUGCUGCAGGGCCGCUUAUCGGCGGCUUUUUGUCCGAUGCGAAAGGUUGGAGGUGGCUCUAUUGGUUACAGCUCAUAUUGUCAGGGGCCACUUGGGUGUUGCUCACUUUUACUGUCCCGGAGACCUACACGCCCACGCUGCUCGCCAUGAAAGCCAAAAGGUUAAGGGAGGAGACGAAAAACGAGAGAUAUGUGACAGAAGAAGAUCUAGAUUCUAGACCAGUGAGCGAAAAGCUUCAGUUGUUCUUUUUCCGGCCAUUCCAGCUUCUCUUCUUGGAACCUAUUGUUUUACUCUUCUCGAUCUAUAUGUCGAUUCUCUACGGCCUCCUCUACAUGUUUUUUAUUGCUGCGCGGUAUGGCGGUAGACCACCUGCAGAGAUACGUUUGGUUCCGAUGAUGAUGUCGUGCUGGUUUAUUCCCAUUGGAAUGUUCAUUUUUGCAUGGACAUCCUAUCCGCAAAUGCACUGGAUUGGGCCGACAUUAGGCGGCCUCCCUGUUGGAUUCGGGUUCAUCUUCUUGUACAACUCGUGUAAUAAUUACCUAGUGGACACCUACCAGCACCAAGCUGCUUCCGCGCUUGCCGCCAAAACCUUUCUGCGAUCCAUGUGGGGUGCGUCUGUCGUGCUGUUUACUCGCCAAAUGUAUGACAAGCUGGGUUACCAGUGGGCAAGCUCCCUUAUCGCAUUCCUCGGCUUGGCCUGCUGCGCGAUCCCAUUCUGUUUCUAUUACAAGGGCGAUGCAAUUCGGAGACACUCCAAAUACGCCUUUGUGGACGACGCAGAGCAAGAAAUACUGGGGAAAUAA